AUGGUUAUCCUCUCCUCCCCAGAGGACGGCUCUAGGCCUGGCUCCAACCCUUUCCUGUCCGAGGCCAAUGCGGAGCGGAUUGUGCAGACCUUGUGUACAGUUCGGGGGGCCGCCCUCAAGGUUGGCCAAAUGCUCAGCAUCCAGGACAACAGUCUCAUCAGCCCCCAACUACAACACAUCUUCGAGCGGGUCCGCCAGAGCGCCGACUUCAUGCCCCGAUGGCAGAUGCUGAGAGUUCUAGAAGAAGAGCUGGGCAGGGACUGGCAGACCAAGGUGGCCUUCCUGGAGGAGGUGCCGUUUGCCGCUGCCUCAAUCGGGCAGGUGCACCAGGGUAUGCUGAGGAAUGGGACAGAAGUGGCUGUGAAGAUUCAGUACCCUGGUGUCGCCCAGAGCAUCCAGAGUGACGUGCAGAACCUGCUGGCUGUGCUGAAGAUGAGCACAGCCCUGCCCGAGGAGCCUGCAGAGCCUGCAGCAGGAGCUGGCCUGGGAGUGCGACUACCGUCGGGAGGCGGCGUGUGCCCAGAACUUCCGCUGUUGACAGAUGACCCCUUCUUCCGGGUGCCAGCUGUGGUGAAGGAGCUGUGCACCAGGCGGGUGCUGGCCAUGGAGCUGGCUGGAGGUGUCCCUCUGGAUCAGUGCCAGGGCCUGAGCCAGGACAUCCGGAACCAGAUUUGUUUCCAGCUCCUGAGGCUGUGUCUGCGGGAACUGUUUGAGUUCAGAUUCAUGCAGACCGACCCCAACUGGGCCAAUUUCCUGUACGAUGCCUCCAGCCACCAGGUGACCCUGCUGGACUUUGGUGCAAGCCGGGAAUUUGGGACCGAGUUCACAGAUCAUUACAUCGAGGUGGUGAAGGCUGCAGCUGAUGGAGACAGAGACCGUGUCCUGCAGAAAUCCCGGGACUUAAAAUUCCUCACAGGCUUUGAAACCAAGACAUUCUCCAAUGCCCAUGUGGAAGCAGUGAUGAUCCUGGGAGAGCCCUUUGCUGCCCCUGGCCCCUACAAUUUUGGGGCAGGUGACACAGCACGCCGGAUCCAGGGCCUCAUCCCUGUGCUCCUGCAGCACCGGCUGCGCCCGCCACCGGAAGAAACCUACGCCCUCCACCGCAAGCUGGCAGGGGCCUUCCUGGCCUGCUCCCGCCUCCAAGCCCACGUAGCCUGCAGGGACCUCUUCCAUGACAUCUACCACCGCUACUGGGCCAGGCACCACGCACAGCCAUUGGCCCCAACUUCCUGACCAGAGCAGACCUCUCUUGGGAUCUAUGACAGCUUCCAUGCUGGGGAACAGCACCAUAGUGGGGGUCACCCACUGCUACGGCUCUUCUCCCUUCCCCCUUUGUCCUGGUCAAAGAGCACCCCUCCCCCCGGAAAUACACACCCCUCUUAACCCUGGAGCUCAGGAACUUUGGGGGCUAGAGAGCACCCAGAUUAGCUCCUCCCACUCCAAAGUUGGCAUCCGGGAACUCCAAGCCAGGGAGCCAGUUAACGGAUUUCUGCCACCAUCUGAGGGAGCCCUGCGUCCCCCUGCAUGCCUUCAGCUCUCCCACCAUCCGGCGUGAAAAGGGAAGAUAGGGGUUGGCAGAGGCGCCCCUUACCUUAACCUCCCAAACUCCUCCAGCUGCCCGCUCCCCGGGCUCCAGCCUGUGUAUUGGGGGGGUGGGAUGGGGGUCUGCACCUUCCCUCCGAAUAAAG